CUCUCUCUCUCUCUCUCUCUUCAUUUCCUUACAGUAUUAUACAUUAUUGUUACUAUAUCUGCAGUUCUAUUUCCUCUCUCUCUCUCUCUCUCUUUGUUAUCUGCUUCCCCACUUCUUCUCAUUCUUUAACAUUUUUGUCUGAGUAAAUAUCCCCCCCUUUUCAGUUGGUUUUUUGUGUCUGAAAUGGAGAUAGAUUUUCUGGGUCUGAACUCACCCAAGUACGUCGACGUGGAGCGACAGAGUUGCAAGAAUUCAUUCACGGAUUCAGUAUGAAUUUGUUUGCAGGUAAUGGAGGAGUUGAGACGUCCUUGUCUCUCAGCACAAGUUCUUCACUUGAUUCACAGAGAGACAUCCUCAAUUUCUGCGAGCGACAGAGUGGGAACCCGGCCGGCACCCUGCGCACCUUGAACGCCUCUAAGACAGAACAACAUAGUCUAAUUCUUGUCUCGACGCCGGUGUUCCGCCCCUCUCCGACCACCACAACCGCCGGAUUUCUCUACGACCUAAACGACAACUCAACCAGCUUAAGGAACAUUUCUGAACUCCCAGUUGAGCCUGCUUCGUUAACCAUGCUAUAUGCGGGCUGUCCCAGCACUACUGUUUUCAAUGAUGCUUUGUCCGAAAAGGCUGAUGGUACUAUGUACAUGGUUGGGAAUACAUCAACCAGGCUUGCUGACAGUGCAAGAAUAUGCACCAGAAAAACUGGGUAUACUCCCACGGUGGCUAUGGCUCGGAGGGCGACCUUGGCCAGAUUUUUGGAGAAGCGGUUGCACCGCAUGAAUCAAGCAAGAACAUCUCAUCAACUCAUGGGGAAAUCACUCAAUGCUGCCUAUUCUGAAGUCUUCAACCAAGCUAUUACCAGAAGCAACAAGAAGAAAAACAAAAGCCAGAUCACAUUAUGAUGUUGCAAAAUCGACGAGGACAGCCAGACGGGAGCGACUGCAAUAAUGUCCUACCUAAGUGAAAAGAUGUUAGCGUAUUGAUUCAUAUAUGAAAAAUUCAUCGUACAGCAACAGUUAAUACCAACAAUAAGCAUUAAAAGUAGUAGAGGAUGCACAUGACCGAUCAUUGAUUUCUAUUGCCAAUGAACGGAGGCGAGCAUCCAAGAUUUGUGCCGUAUUGUUCAGUUAUAAACUACGAACGAUUCAAUCCUUAAAUUUAUAUAAUGUUAAGAAAUUUUUCUUUCAA